GAAUUUCACUUGGCAUGAACGUUGAACCAUCAGUUCUGCGUCGAGCAUGCCCACACCCGUCUUACUGUCUCGGUAUGUACCACCCUCGCAGUUCAACAAGCUUGCGCUCAUAAACACCAGUGGACUUGAUCCGGUGCUAGGCAUUUUCACAGGUUGCUUUGCCUAUUACCUUCACGAAACACAUCCACGCACCGCACCACCACCGGACAAGGCUCUUGCAACACUCGUGCAGUGGAAAUGGGCCAAGUUCAAGCGUGAUCGGGAGGAAAAGCUAAAUGCACUCGAGAGAGAGGCAGAUGCAUCCUCCAAAGUAGCCAGUUGAUCCCUUCCAAGCUGCUGCAUGUUUGGGAUGUAUCCAGUAACAGUUGGUAUGUAGCGUUCAAUUUUGGCAGUUUUUGCGCUGAGUUUGUGUGCGCAGCGGUGAAUGCUAUUCGCGACGG